AUGCAGCAGCAUGGAAUCAGCAGUGUGAAUCAGCUGGGGGGAAUCUUUGUGAAUGGUCGGCCCCUGCCUCUGGACACCAGGCAGCAGAUCGUGCAGCUGGCAAUGAGCGGAAUGCGACCCUGUGACAUCUCACGAAGCCUUAAGGUAUCUAAUGGCUGUGUGAGCAAGAUCCUAGGGCGUUACUACCGCACAGGUGCUUUGGAACCCAAGAGUAUUGGGGGAAGCAAGCCACGUCUGGCCACACCCCCAGUGGUGGCUCGGAUUGCUCAGCUGAAGGAUGCAUGUCCAGCCCUCUUUGCCUGGGAGAUUCAACGUCAGCUUUGUAACGAAGGGUUCUGUACUCAAGACAAGACACCCAGUGUCUCCUCCAUCAAUCGAGUUUUGCGGACACUACAGGAAGGCCAGAGACCGCACUGGGCACAGUUCAGCUCAUCAGCUGUUUUGGCUCCAGCCCUUCCCAUUCUUCAUAGUGGGUCUGAUGCUCCUAGAGGUCCCCACCCAGGGACUGGCCACAGGAAUCGAACUAUCUUCUCUCCAGGCCAAGCUGAGGCCCUGGAGAAAGCGUUCCAGCGUGGGCAGUAUCCUGAUUCAGUGGCCCGUGGAAAGCUGGCUGCAGCUACCUGUCUGCCUGAGAACACAGUGAGGGUCUGGUUUUCCAACAGAAGAGCCAAAUGGCGUCGGCAAGAGAAACUGAAGUGGGAAUUACAGCUUCCGGGUGUUUCUCAGGAUCUCACAGUACCAAGAGUUUCUCCAGGGAUUAUCUCUGCUCAGGGCCUUGGCAGUGUAUCCACAGCUUCCCUGCCUACCCUGGAAACAGUGGGUCCUUCCUGUUAUCAGCUAUGCUGGGGAACUGGACAAGAGAGGUAUCCUAUCUAUACCCAUCAUCCAGCCUGUCUUCAGCCCUGCUGGGACGACUGCUCUUUCCUCCUUCCUGUGGCCACAUGUAUGGACUUUGCCUGGCCCUACCUUGCUGCCCCUCCUGUGCACCAACCAGUUGAAAGAGCUGGAGAAGCAACACCUACCCCCUACUCACCUUGGCCAUAA